UGUAGUGUUACCACCAGCAGCCUCAACAUGGCGACAAGAAAGUGAUACUUCGUCUAAUGCUACUGAAUUUUGGACAGCUUAUUUUAUUAAGCGAAUCAAUAAACUAUCGUAAUUUAAGCGGUGCGCGAAGGAAAUUUAAGGUCUGAUGCCCAGCUGCUGCUAUGUUCACCAAGAAGAAGAAGCCCCGCGUCCAGAUUUCGGCACCUUCCAACUUCGAGCACCGCGUGCACACAGACUUUGACGAGCAAGAACAGAAGUUUGUGGGGCUGCCGCGGCAAUGGCAGUCUCUGAUCGAGGACACAGCCAAGAGGCCCAAGCCCUUCAUCGACGUCACCGUCAUCACCACGGUGGAGCCCCGCAAGACCAUAGUGCGGGGUAGUAAGAUCGCUGUGGACGGCUCGCUGACAUGGCUGCUGGAUGAGUUUGACACCAUGUCGGUGACCCGCUCCAACUCCCUGAGGCGAGGCAGCCCGCCGAUCCAGCCCCGCAGAGACUCCGGAUCCUCUGGGGGAGGAGGCCAUGAGAACGGGGACCUGGCCCAUCGGACACACCACCACCCAGAUCACUAUGGAGACAGAGAUAGGGAGCGGCCUGGGCCGGACCAGUUAGCUGGUGGAGACCCCCGGCAGCCCCAGCGGGUACCCCGCUCUCAGAGAGAGGACGGCCGACCACAGCAGCAGCCCCGGGGCCAGGAGCCAGGCAGCAGGCAUCGAGAGAGGGAGCGGCCCUGCCCACCCCCUCCCCCGCCAAAGCCCAGAGACAUGGAUCCACGGGACCAUCACGACCAGGUAGUCCGCAGGGACGGGCCCAGCGAUAAGAGGCCCAAGUCCAGCUACACAGGCAGGGACGGCAGCCCCCAAUCGCCCCGGGAUAAGAGGCCUCUCUCGGGGCCCAACAUCCGUAUGCCUAACCUCCCUGUCACAGAGGGGGUGAUAAAGACAGCACAGCAGAGCAGUAGGCCGUUCAACACCUACCCCCGCGCUGACAGUGAAGGAGGAAGAAGCCCCACCAGCCAGGAGCUGAAGCCAGCCCGACCACACGAAACACCGCGCCACAGCGGUCCCUCUAGUGGCCGCAGCGGGGGUAAAGCCCCACAGCAGGGCCAGCUACGAGGGGACCCCCACCACUCCUCCCACCCUGUCCUGGGCCCUGAGCCCCCCCACGGCUACCAGCAGCUGAAGGCUCCCGUUCCCCGCCCUCCGGCCCCUGCCCUACCACCACAGCAGGCCCUCUCACCCCAGAGGGAGCCCCAGCGGGUGUCCCAUGAGCAGUUCCGCGCCGCACUACAGAUGGUGGUGGACCCGGGUGACCCACGCACCUACCUGGACCACUAUAUCAAGAUCGGAGAGGGCUCCACCGGCAUUGUGUGCAUUGCCACCGUCAAGAGCACCGGCAAACUGGUCGCUGUCAAGAAAAUGGACCUGCGCAAGCAGCAGCGCCGGGAGCUGCUAUUCAAUGAGGUGGUGAUAAUGCGGGACUAUCACCAUGACAAUGUGGUGGAGAUGUACAACAGCUACCUGGUUGGAGAUGAACUCUGGGUCGUCAUGGAGUUCCUGGAGGGAGGGGCUUUGACUGACAUCGUCACACACACCAGGAUGAAUGAGGAGCAGAUAGCCACAGUGUGCCUGUCUGUGCUGAAGGCUCUGUCAGUGCUGCACACCCAGGGCGUCAUCCACAGGGACAUCAAGAGUGACUCCAUCCUUCUCACCCACGAUGGCAGAGUGAAGCUGUCAGACUUUGGCUUCUGCGCCCAGGUGUCUAAAGAGGUCCAGCGGCGCAAGUCCCUGGUGGGCACACCCUACUGGAUGGCCCCAGAGCUCAUCUCACGACUACCCUAUGGGCCUGAGGUGGACAUCUGGUCCUUGGGGGUGAUGGUGAUCGAGAUGGUGGACGGAGAACCCCCCUAUUUCAAUGAGCCCCUCAAAGCUAUGAAGAUGAUCCGUGACAACCUACCACCCAAACUCAAGAACCUACACAAGGUUUCUCCUCUCCUCAAGGGCUUCCUGGACAAAUUGCUGGUGCGAGACCCUACCCAGAGGGCCUCAGCCAAUGAGCUGCUCAAGCACCCCUUCCUGAGCAAGGCUGGCCCGCCCUCCUGCAUCGUGCCUCUCAUGAGGCAGAACCGCAUGAGAUGAGAGUGAGCAGAGGCCUCUUCCCCACUAAGUGGUAGUAGUCACAUGAACCCUGAAACCCAAGCUCACACCUCGGACUCGCACUGAUCUGGAGCGGGGGGAGGGGGGGGGACAGCGGAGAAGCACUGCCCAGUUUGUAUUAGCAUUUUUGUUGGUCAAACAUUGUUUUAACGCACCUUUUGAAAUGAAAAGGAACUCUGUCUGUCCCUUUUUUCCUGUGGGGGAAAAACAUUUGGACACUAUAAGGAUUUAUAGCUUGAGCGGUUUGGUGCAGAAUGAGACUUGGAAAGUGUUGUGGGAUCAUUAGAACCUAAGCUACCUGCUGGGGAGACUCACAAAAAGCACUGUUGGCAUUCUAGCUGAAUGGUCUGAAAAGCAUGCUUCCACACUACAGGACUUCCUCACUACAUGGCCCAGUCUCAACUCUAUUGCAAUAGACAGGACAUCAUAAACUACUACUGAAGGAGGACCAUGCUUUUCUCUUACCACACGAUGAGUACAAGUCUGAAAAACACUUGGUCCCUGUUACAAACACUAAGAAAAGGUAAACACUGGAGUUGUGUUAAUUUUAGUUAUUUCUUUCUUUAUAUUUCUUGUGUAAGUAUGAUGAACAUAGAGAUAUAUCUGCUUUGUUUUCUCUAUUUUAUGAUUUUUGUUUAGGUUACCGUGAGAUGAUUUUAAAGCACUCUUCUCUGAUAGAAGCUGCACUCCUGGUUGAUUCCAAUAUAGCGUCUAGUUCUUUAAAUCGUUCAGUUUUUUAAUUUACCUGUGUUUAAUAGAAUAUCAUGGUGAAGUGAACAUCAAGGCAGUUUUAGCUGUUAUUUUUACUUUAGGGAUUUAGCCGUGUAGAUUGUGCUCUCUGUAACCUCUCGAUCCGCUGCUGUAGACCUCAACUGUUAGUCUAUAGUAGUGACUACUAGGUCAAUGUAAGGACAACCCUUAUGAAGCACCCCUUCCACCAUUCACGUGUUUGUGUGCGUGCGUAUGUGUGUAUAUACAGGAAUUCUCCAGAUCGGUUAAAUAUUUCUUUUUUUUUUCCUAAAGAUGCAUUUCUUUAUUGCCUGACCUGGACAUGGGUCUGGACUAUAUGAAUAUAGUGCUGAGCCACAAACAAGCUCUGCAUUUAAAUAUGGAAUCUGCAGUAGGGUGAAACAGCGCCACCGACCGCCCCCAACCACUGUUGUCAUUUGUUUUUGUUGCCGAGCUAAGGAGCGUCGCGCAGCAUUAAAAAAAAAUAUAUAUAUAUAUAUAUAUAUCCGUUUGCGAUAUUACCUUCAACAAAGGUAAUAUCGCAAACGGACGUGGCUGUUUCACCAUUAAGGAUUCCAGAUUUAAGGGCUUAUUACAACAAGAAACGGACACACAAGGUGAACAUCCGUGUUUAGUUUAAUGAAGUGUGCAACAGCUGCUAGAACUGCUGAACUAUUGUGUCCACAAUGUAGCAACGACAGGAACUGUAUGGCAGAUGCAAACAGGGGCGGCAGGGUAGCCUAGUGGUAAGAGCGUUGGACUAGUAACCGGAAGGUUGCAAGUUCAAAUUCCCGAGCUGACAAGGUACAAAUCUGUCGUUCUGCCCUUGAGAAUAACCCACUGUUCCUAAGCCGUCAUUGAAAAUAAGAAUUUGUUCUUAACUUUAUUUACCUAGUUAAAUAAAGGUAAAAAAAACGCAGUAGUAAACUCUCACCGCAAUUACCUACACACACUUCAUGCAGGGCCCAACAAAAGUCUGUGAUGCGGGUGGAAUCACGAAUUCAGACCUUAAAACGGAAUUCAAAAAUAGGAAAUCAACUAAAUGUAUUACAAAAUGUAUUUUGCCAAGAUUAUCAUAAGACAUAAAAUUGCAUUAGUGAUUUAUAUUUUCCUUUAUCUCCCUAUCAGUGUGCAAGGUUGCCCCUUUGUGUAGCUUUUAGCAAUGAUGCUAAUGAUAACCGUCUUCUGAUACUUAAAAAAAAAAAAAAAGUUUGGCAAACUGCAUUCACAUGUGCGCCACAGAAACACAGAUACCCAAACAAGUCUCUUGGCUGGUGCACGCUUGAAUUAAAGGGUAUCUAUACCCAGAAAUGUGAUUUUCCCAGGACCUCAAAAGUGCUCACCUGGUAUGUUUUAACCAUUGUUGUGAAACAAGAUUUAAUGUUCUAUUUAAAAAGUGUGAUCCUGGAGAAACAAAACCGAUAUUAUAGGGCCCUAUUCAUUGUUACUUCCCAUUUUUUUUCUCUAAGCUUCCCCCCCAAUUCUAGAGUAGCAAGAUCAAGUCGCACAUGUACCAUAGAGAGCAUCCAAAGACCACGAGGCCUUAGUGCACAGCAAAGAGUAGCCAAUGUGUCUGUUCUGAAUUUCAGUGGGGAAAUCGGAACAGACUGUCCAUAAGUAGACACUAACACUACAUUGUGAAGUAUUUGUAUUUAGAUACAGAAUUGAAGUGUCAUAGCAGAGGUUAGUAUACUGUUUUAACAUUCUGUCUCAAAUGUACUUGCUUGUAGCAAAUUGGAGUAUUUAAUAUAGAUUUAACAAAUUGUUUUACAAUAAUAUUUUAUUCAUCGCUCACUUAAUCCAUUUCAGUACUUUUUACUGAUGCUCAAAAGGUAGUCAGUCUGGUUGAAUAGUCUGGUUAGUCUGGUUAAAUGUGAGACAAUGUUCCAUAUUUACAAAAGACAAGUGGAAGUCUGUUUUAAAGUGACAGGAUGGUUGGCAUGCCUGAAUGUUCUUCCAGUUUAGUAAAACUGAGUGAAAAGAUGGGCUGAAAGAAUGACAAUCAAAGUUAAUAGGAGUAAAUAACUGUCUGCUUUUGCAACAAUAUUCUAAACUGAUCACUUUUCAUUGCUCACAAAGUUUUGUAACUAUAAUUGUAUAGCAUUUUGACAACACAAACAAAUUUUCUAAACAAAUCCUAUUUUGAUACUCAUUAAAUCCAUCUUUACAUAUGUAUAUUUUUAAAUCACUUAACUAAUAAGGUCCAUGAAGUGAUGGCACACACUUGGUAUUUUGUGUUUUUUAUUAAAUACUGUACAAAGAUGAAUGCAAAAAAAAAUCUAGAGACUUAUCAUUCCUCUAACUACAGAAUUGAAGCAUCUCAUUAACCCCCACAUGUUACAUAGGAGUUCAAUCGCCAUUGGUUUCAAUCACUUCUACCACAGUUUUCAGUGGCUGGUAUGAAACCAAUCACGUACAUUUUUCAGUUGGUAUUUGACAUUCCUGUACUUCCUACUUAAAUGAAUGGCUGUCAAGGUUAGAACGGCUUAACAUAGUUUUAUUGGUUUUUGUGUGUAUUAAUGCCUUAACGUUCAGAAGAGUAACAUGAUUUAAUAUGAUUCCCUUUCUUUACAAUUACUGUUAAUUGCAAAUGUACAUUUAUUAUAUUACUCAUCUCAAGGAGUCUAGUGCCUCUGCGUAAACUUAUCGUUGUUCUCGCUGGUUUGUGUUUGUUGAGGAUGCUCAAAUUCCAAUUAGGAGCUGUGACGACUACUGACUGGCCUACUUGGUAAUAUAUUUAUGUGUGAAUUUCUCCAACUUGUCUGUAUGAUCAUUUUUCACACUUGUACGCUAAAUCAUUAUGCAUCAGUAUUGUCAAGUUUGUCAUAGUUGACCAUUUUUCUGAAGAGUCCAAACCCCCCUGGAUUUUUGAAUUUCCACUGGUUAUUAAAAAAAUAAACGUUGCAGAUUUUUGAUAUUUUUUGCAAAUACAGUUUUUCUAAAAUGUAA